ACCCCAGUCCGGGUGUGGAAAGCGGCUGUCGAUGGAGCUUCCAUUCGGUACACGUUUGCUCUUGUGCACAGUGGAAGGGGGCGGUGAAGAGUUCGAUUAAACCCCCUUGUUGUUGUUUUGUUGUGUUUAUUUGUUUGUUUUCUAUUUAUCUACGUCCUACUCCAAGCGCGAGUUUAUUUUUUCCUCCCCUCCACCCCCCGGGAUCAUGGCUGCUCUCUCAGCCUGGUUUUGGAACGAGGAUUUCUGGCUUCCUCACAACGUGAGCUGGGCGGACCUGGCGAAGCCCGCGCCCGGGGUGGAGUACCCAAGAGCCGGCCACUUACUCAACGCCUUCCCGCUGGCGUUGGGCAUAUUCGCGGUUAGGAUAUUUUUCGAAAGGUUCAUCGCAGGUGCCUGCGCGCACCUCCUCCACAUCCAGGCCGAGGUGGUCCGGAGAGCGCAGGCAAAUCCUGUACUAGAGAAAGUGUUUACGUCUAUCUCAAAGUGUCCAGAUGCACGUCAGCUGGACGGUUUGUCCAAGCAGCUCGACUGGGAGGUGCGGAAGAUCCAGCGAUGGUUCCGUCAUCGGCGAAAUCAGGACAAACCGAGCACGAGGACCAAGUUCUGCGAGAGCAUGUGGAGGUUUACAUUUUAUCUGGGUAUAUUUACCUAUGGGUUCUGCUUUCUAUGGCAGUCUCCCUGGAUGUGGGACACACGACAGUGCUGGUACAACUAUCCCUUUCAGGACCUCAGUCCCGGCCUGUAUCACUACUAUGUGACUGAGCUGGCCUUCUACUGGUCUCUCAUGUUCUCCCAGUUUACAGACAUUAAAAGGAAGGACUUCCUCAUCAUGUUUGUGCAUCAUCUGGCCACUGUGAGCCUGAUCAGCUUCUCAUACGUGAACAACAUGGUGCGUGUGGGCAGCCUGGUCCUGUGUGUGCACGAUGCCUCCGACUUCCUCUUGGAGGCUGCCAAGUUAGCCAAUUAUGCCAAAUACCAGCGCCUGUGCGACUUCCUGUUUGUGGUAUUUGCUGCAGCUUUUAUUGGGACAAGGUUGAUCAUUUACCCUUUUUGGAUCCUGAACAGUACAAUGUUUGAGAGCUGGGAGAUCAUUGGGCCGUACCCCUCGUGGUGGGUCUUCAACAUUCUGCUGCUGGUGCUGCAGGUGCUGCACUUCAUCUGGUCCUACCUCAUAGUACGCUUAGCCCUCAAAGCCCUCAUGAGAGGGAAGGUAUCCAAAGACGUGCGUAGCGAUAUCGAGAGCAGCUCUGAGGAAGAGCCCGAAACCACUCCCACCAUCACAGCUUCAGCCAAACGGGAAAACGGCACCAACGGCCAUUUCACCUCCCCGGCCUGGACCCGCAAAGACGGCAGCUAGUGACACGGUGGCGAUUCACAAACCGUUCACGAGAACUGUUAUUCCUGCAGCAUCUUAAUUUUUGACUCCUUUAUCCAGUUCCUGACCAAACUGUACUGUACACACACAUCCCCCAGUUUUUACACACCUUGUGUUGACAUUGUGUCGACGAUGAUGAUGAAGUGCUGAGUCAUGUUGGCUGUACGGACACUGAUGAGUUAGUUAUCUUGUUUCAGAAGCAGAAGUGUGAUCACGUUUUUUUUUUUUUUUUUUCUGAAUCUUCAUCUUUUUUUUUCACUUUUCAGCCUUUGUGUCUGAUGUACUUGACGUCUUUUUUUUUUUUUUUUU